AUGUCCUUUCACGAGCGGAAGAAUAAGAAGCGGAAAACGGCUCAUAGCAGCCACCAGGACCGGUCUUCGUUCAAGCCUUCAGCAUGCUUCACUCCGUUAGCAGGCGGCCGCGACUGGACGCUGUCCGUUGCCGUCCCAAGCAGUAUUCUCGCAAACCUAGCCACAGCCGAUCAGCGAAUGACAGCACCGGGCCGGAUCGCCCGAGCCCUUGCCGUGUUCUCAGUAGACGAAGUGGUCGUGUUCGACGACUCGCCGGCCGCGUCUCGGCCCAAGCACACUGACACGGCCGGAUACACUGGCGAUACCGAUCCCUGUCAUUUCCUCACGCACAUUCUGUCAUUUCUCGAAGCACCGCCGUUUAUGCGCAAGACUCUGUUCCCGCUCCACCCCAAUCUACGCAUGACGGCCCUGCUACCCAGCCUGGAUAUGCCGCACCACCCCAAUCCCAAGGAGUGGAUAUCCUAUCGCGAAGGCGUCACCGUCCCCGGGAAAACCAGCACGGGGAAAGGAACGCUAGUCGAGGUCGGGCUGGAUGAGCCUGUUGAGAUUGAGGAGGACAUUCCGCCCAAGACGAGGGUCACGCUGCUUUUCCCACAAGACCAGUCCAAGUAUCCAGAGUGCGUUGACCCACAAGCUCCCAGGACAGAAGGCGGCUAUUACUGGGGUUAUGCAGUCCGCAAGUGUGGCUCGCUAUCAUCCGUCUUUACGGAAAGCCCCUACGAGGGUGGAUAUGACAUCAGCAUCGGCACUUCCGAGCGUGGAACGACCAUUUCCAAGGCAUUCCCGUCACCCAAACCUCUCAAAUUCAAGCACAUGCUCAUUGUGUUCGGGGGGCCGCGCGGCUUGGAGUUCGCGUCCAUGAAUGAUGAUGAGUUGGCCAAGAUGGACAUUCAGGGCCCCAGGACAAAGGAGCUAUUUGACUACUGGGUGAAUGUAUUGCCGAACCAGGGUAGCAGAACUAUCAGGACGGAAGAGGCAGUGUUUAUUGCGUUGACGGCAUUGAAGGGACUUUGGGACAGCAGUUGGAGUUAA